GCUUGCUCCUCCCUUAGCCCAGCACAAUGAAGGCGAUAAAGGGCCGUUCAGCUCCCAUUUCGCGGGUGAUCCUCGCCCAGGUGGGACUGGGGGACGCUGAUUGGGUAAGAGGGGAGCGAGGGGGGCUAUGAAAGGGCAGGACGGCGCCCUCCGGCGCUACGGGUCUCGUUUGGUUGGGAUGCAGAGCUAUGCGGUCGAGCCGCCCUCGGUCCCUUCGCCCUUCUGGUCGCUGCUGGAGCUGCUGCAGCAGGAGCCCGGGAUGGGCUGGCUGCUGGGCGGGAGCGCUGCACCUCCAGGACCCCGCGGAGUGGGUGCUGGCAGGGGGGAAGGAGCAGGUAAACUCAGCCAAGUUCCUGAAAAGCAUCCCUUGGGCCCUUGGCCCCUUAAGGCUCUUCUCUUACUGGAGGACUCAGGAGAUAACCACUUAUGGCAGGCCUACCACGAAGGCCUGAAGAAUUUCCUCACUUUUAGAGAAGGCAUGUCUCUCUCUGCAGUCUGGCCAAUUCCAGUGCAUCAAGUGAGAGCAUUCUUGGCCUUCUUGGAGUCACAGGGUCUGCCUCCCACAAAAAUAAUAAUGUAUAUGGAAGGACUGUCCUUCAUCUCCAAAAUGGUAAACCAUACUGAUCCUCUUCAAGAUCCUGUUAUCUGUCACAUAAUAUCCAGGUUGAAACAUAGAACUUGCUCUUUAAAUGAUAAAUACUCUCCUGUAACAAUUGAAGUGUUAAGAUCUCUCCUGGGGACUCUCGAAUCUGUGUGUAGCUCUCCUUACGAGUGUGUAUUGUUCCGUGCCAUGUUUACUGUAGCUUUUUUUGGUGCACUCCGUAUAGAAGAGAUGGUAACAAUUCACCAAAAUAUAGCUCAGCCAGAGCUUCUGUACUUGAGUGACCUCCAGCUGACUGAGGGGAGUGUAAUUCUUUGUUUGCAUACAUCUGGUAUGGGCCAGGAGAAGUACUUGAUCCAGCUGAGAUUAUCUAAGGAGAUGUGGGUAUGUCCUGUUGAAGCUCUCCGUACCUAUAUGGCAGCAAGGCCUCAGAGAGAGGGUCCUCUCUUUGUGCACUUGGACAGUAUGCCUGUGACAAAAAGGGAGUUUCUAACUGUCUUCCGCCAUGGUCUUGGGCUUGCUGGGUUUUCUCCAAACCGAUACGGUGUGCAUUCCUUCUGGCUGGGGACUGUUGUAACAGCAGUGUCUCAUGGGUAUUCUCAUGAAGCUAUUGAGAGAAUAGCAAGGUGCUGAUGAAGAUCUUGAAGACAUAGUUCCACCUGUCUGUUGGGCUUCUGUAGUAAGGGAUAUCUUCUGCAAUGCAGAAAUGUACUUUAUGCAGAAUGAAGUUUCAGUGCUCUGUAGAGUUACAGAGAAGGUGAGUAACUAGUUUGAGGUGGGAAUGGUUUUGAGAAUGGGGUGUCAUGGUUUUAAAACUGCUAUGACUUGUGGGUGAGUGUACAUGCUAUUCAGUAUGUUUAGCCUAAUUGUAUUUUGACCUUGUUUGAC